UUCCUUCGGAAGAUCUGGCACUUCUCUCACCAUUUUUAUUUUAUUUUUAUUAUUUCAUCUUGUGUUUGUGCAUAAUGAAAGUUUUAGGGAGUUUCUCCGUUUUGAAGAAGAAUAGAGGUUGAUUUCUGACUCAGAAAGACACAAAAGGAAUCGUGUUUAUUUGUGAAAGUUCUUUUCGUAGGUAGAGUAGAAGUACCUACACCCAAGAGAACAGAGAUGAGUUUUCUGAACGAAUGAAAAAUUGUGUUCGUAUUCGGCGGAAGGAUUGUGUCAGUAGUGUUCGUCCAGAAAUGUCGGCUUUCUUGGAGGCACAGGAAAAAUGAGCAACCAUCUGAAAGUGGAGUUGAGGCGUCUGAAGCGGAGCCUGGACGGGGGAUACGGAUUCGACCUGACCCGUUACUGCGCUGGGUGCUGGACCCGAUUGGGACGGAUCUUACGCAGGGGUUUGUGCUGUGACGUUUGCGGGAAGCGGGUGUGCAAAGCGUGCCGGCAUUUCGUUGACGCGAGGCGGUGGAUUUGUGUACUGUGCUACCGGAAAAAGUACAGCCGCGAAGAGUGGUGGCAUGAUGAUGCCAAUGUUCAAAAGUUCAAAGGUGUCCAAGGAAAAACGGGUACUUACCUGCUGCGGCUAACGGAUUGGUCUUCCCACGGUAUCUUGGAUGUUCCUACAAACGAUACCCUUGGUAGGAGGAUUCACUCUUUUUGUCAAGGAGCUACAAGCAUCACUUUUCGUGAGGGCGCUGUCCCUAACUGGAGGAUAUUCAAAUCUAGAUCUGAAAUUUAUCCUAUAUCAUCCGUUCAAGAUUUGAGAAAAAAAUUAAAAACCGACAAAGAUUUCGAACAAAAAUGGAAGCUUCUGUUUUCGAACGACGAGAAAAAUGAACGACAGAACAAUCUGAAGUACACCAGUACCACUUUGAAGCAGCGAAGAAGAGAGACUCGCGAACUGACGCGAAUGCCUCAGACACACGAAUUCGUCAGGCAACAAGAAACCAGAAGGAGUCGAAGACAAAGGAUUCCUUCUUUCAAAACAUCAGGCAAUUCUAAAAAGCACCAAUCUUCACUCAAACGGACAGAAACACAUGCGAGGCAAUUGGAUCCAGACAAAACCGAAUCCUCACCGAAAACAAAGGAAGAAGACAAUGGCACGUGGCGACGGAAGGAACAGAAAAUUAGAAAACAUGAUUAUUAUAAUUUUCUACCCGAAGCGGCUUUUCUCAACCGAAAUGAUUACCACACGCGAUUGUCGGUAAGGGGAACCAGAGUUUUUGGGAGACGGAAAAGUUCUAGGGCAUUCCCUAGCUUUGAGGGUCACAUUCGUGAGACGUUGAAAUACAAAAGCAUUUCUCUGCCUUGCGAUCUGCAACAACCAGAAAACCAUGAUUAUGAGUUUUGGAGUGCAGGAUUUGUGCAAAGUAGAGUUCGAAGGCUUGAGGAAGAUCUUGCUUCGAAAUGGGAAAUACCUUACAACCCAUGGAAUUGUGACUUUGAAGUCCAAAGUCUAUGCAGUCUGGACUUUGGCAGGAUAAUGCCAGAUGGGGACGAUUAUCGAAUUGCAUAUCUAAGUAGUAUGGGUACAUCUCUGGAAUCCAGUUUAGAUUAUAUGGAAGACAGCAUAAGUGCGUUCGGAACUGGAACCUUGGAUUACAAAUUGGACACCAAGUUCGACAAAGAUGAUACUCAAGACAAGUAUGGAAAGGGUAUGGGGACACUAGAUGUCAAAUUAACCAAGAAAAGACCAAUAUCAAAAAGUGAAGACUGGGAUUUGUCGUUUAGUUCUAUGGAAAACAAAGGAUUGUCAUCUGAAGAGGAUGAUGAAUUCGAAUUUGUUCGAAUGAGUGAUAUUAAUGAUAAUAAUUGUUCUCUAGCAUACUUAAUCCAACACUACAAUAAUGACACACCUGCAAAUGAAAUGGAAAAUUGCACUGAAGAAAAUCGGAAAUAUGUUUACAGCUCUGAUGAUUAUAAUUCGAAUCUAGUUGAAUCCGAAAAACAAAUUGAGGAAAAUAAUAAUCAGAUUCUCAAAGACGAACCAUCCAUAUCUAAAGUUGAAACUCAAAGUUUGUCGUCGUGCAUGGUGAAACAAGAAUUCGGAGAUGAAACAACAUUUGCAUGUAAUGAAGAAUCAGAUAAUCUGAGAUGCUCAUCUAACGACAUUAAAACUACUGUUCCUCCUAAAGUGUGGUACGAAAUUAGAGAUUCAAUAGAUUCGAAAAAAUUAUAUAGAACACAAUCACAUGAUUCGAAUAAAAAAUACUUCAAAAGCAGUACAUGGAAUAAAAGACCAUCAAAACCCCUGACAAAAAGCAAUUCUUUUUGUUUUGAAAGAAACAUUUCAUAUGAUGAACUUUUCUUAUUAGCGGAUAGUACAAGGUCGAAAGUCAACGAACUAUUUAAUUAUGAACCCCUCAGUACCCCUUUUGCUGAAAUUUAUGCAAUAGAAUGUGGCAAAUAUACGUCAUGCAAGUCAACAGAUGCAGAAAGCAUUCAAUCAGUUGAUGGUUGUUCUUCAGCUCUCGUUAAUCAAAUGAAGCAUGAAAGUGACUUUGAUAAAACUCUGAAUAGCUAUGCAUACACCACUGACCCUGAAUAUUCUUUUUCACAUUCUCUUUAUGAAAUAAAUUUUUACAAAUCCGAUUCGAUCGCCCUGGAUGAAGAAAAUGUAGCAAAUAAAGAAAAUGAAAAAUGUGAUUCUCCUAAAUUAGAUUUAUCAUCCGACAUAGAACAAGAUCACAGAUGCUCUGAUUCUAGCCUUCUUGAAACAAACAAUACUUAUUAUGAACCUAUACUGAGAAGUGAAAUUAAUUGCUUUCCUUUGAGAAAAUCUUCGCUCAGUUAUCAAAACCUUACAUUUGGAAUGAAUAAUAAAAAUAGCGAUGAUAUCCAUAAUUUACUCCGCGAGAAUUUACAAAAUAUAAAAAUGAACUAUCCACCAUAUCAAAUUCAAAUAUUUCAGUUGAUUGACAAACAAAAUAAUUCUCCUACCAUCCGAUCUUAUUUCGAAAAAUCGCCUUUGAAUUAUAUCUUCCCAAAUCAGGAUACAUUGAAAUGGGCAAUAACUACAUUUGUGAAUGAUAUCAGACAUUCCAGGGAGAUGAAAAAUUUAAUUAAGGCAUUUGUGAAUCAGCUUCGACGUUUGUCAGACAACAAAAGGUCAAUUAAACAGAUGGAGCGCCAAAACCAAAACUACUCGGCUGCGCAAUCUGAACUUCAUAAUAUCGAAACCGAAGUUGAGAGCGUAGGGGAAAUCACUGAAAGUGGAUUUACGGGCUGCAUUACGUCACAAACUGGUCGCACAGCAUUCGUGGAAUAUCCCUUCCCCCACCAUUCGCGGUGCGCACGAGUUAGCGAGUGCAACCUACCGUGUGGAGGCUCCGUAGUUCGCCUAACUGUGCCAGCUGUUCAACGGCUGGCGAAGCGCGAAAGUUGUACGCCUAACCAAUGGGCUGCAGUCGUAGCGCUGUGCUCUGCAACGACAGAUGGUGCGGACGAGUGUGACCGAAAUUCUACUUGUGCGAUACGGAUCCGAAACGCUAACUGUACUGGCCACUCCAUAAUCUUGGAUUACGCGAUCGAUAUAACAACUUUGCGACUGGAUUACAGCUAUGGGGAUUACGUCCGCUUUGGGUGUCUGCCCGAAAACCUUGCGCUGUUGAUACUGGGUGACAGCACCACCACUGGAUUUCGACGGAUCAUGGCUACUUGUAAUGAUGAUCCGCGGACUCUUGGAAGAGUUGUUCGGACUCAAGGUAAAAACAUAUCCAAAUUAAUGCGAUUAUUCGACUCGAACGAAAAAGGUAUUGUUUAUACCAGUGAAAGCGUUAAUCAUUCGACGAAAAGCGUGGAUAAUCGGACGAAAUCUGAAUCCGUUGCUUCUCAAAGUGUAACGGAGCACCAAUCCGUAAACAAUGUGAAAUCUACUUCAGAAAUAUGUGCUCAGAACGGUGUAGAUAUGAACGGAUCUGGCAUUAACGAUUCAGAAUCGUCAUCUUCCUUUUCCAUGAAAACAAACGAAGGCAGUGAAAAUGGUAUGAAUUCUGUUUCUUUGAACAGUAGUGACAAUUCAACUUCUGAAAUCCCAUAUUGCCGGAAAGUUUCGAAGAACGGUUUAUGGGAAAAUGCUAACAUAAAUACAAAAAGUGACAGUAAUGGAUUGUGGAAUAGUGCACAAAAUCAUAAUCAAUCUAAUGAUCUGGAACAUGUCUCGGGUAGCAUGAUUGUUGCAUCUACAGCUGAACUAAAUAAUCUCAUUGCAUCUUCCAGAGCAGAACUUUCCAAAAAGAAAGAACCGUCCAUUUCUGAUAGAUCUAAUCUUGAAAAUUAUUUUACAUCCUUUGAAAAUUCCAGGUCUGAAAAAGUCAGGCAAUCCAAACAGAUGGAAAAUUCCAUGGAUUCUCAUGUAUACAAUAACAAUGAAAUCUUCCAUCCAUAUUUAUCUUCCCAUUACAACUGUGAUAUAAAUGAAAUGAACUUUGAAGAUGAAGAAGCUAUGUUAAGUGACACUUCAUCUGAAGAAGACAUGAAAUGCCAUCCUUCAAUGACAAAUACAAAUUAUCUUCCUGCUUAUGCCUUACAUACAAUAAUUGAAGAAAGUUGCGAGGAAAGUGAAAGAGACUCGCGGACAACUACACCAACCAAUGAUGUUGCUACUUCUAAACUAGAGCGUUAUUUUAGUUGGGACAUAAUAAAUGAUACUGAUAGAGAUCUUCGGAAAAAGAAUGAUGAUGAAAGUACCAUAUACAGUGAUUCUUUAUCAGAAAGUUCGAACUCCCUUGCUGGUGAUGAUCCAAAAGAUAUUGAUCCUACUCAGUUAGCAUCUUCUAGGCUUGAAAAAUACUUCACUUCUGGUCUAGUUGAUGAUCAAAAUUGUUAUUAUCCUGAAGAUGCUGAAUUUUUAGAUGAUGCACCUGUCAGUGAUUUUGAAGAAGAUAGUGUACAUCAGAAAAUUAGUCGUUCUGCGUUGCUCAGUUCCCUUGAAAGUAAGAAAAUUUUUAGUCAUCCAAUUAAUUCGUAUUCAAAGAAUCAAGAAAUAUCCAAUACUGAACCCACAAAUGAAUUGAAUAGUGUACAAAAUUAUAUUGAAUCUCCUGUUGUGGAUAACCAGAAUAAUGUAAGUAGUAAUGCCAAAUCUGAUAUUGACUGUGAUAAAGCUGAUAAAAUUACUAUUCCUGUUAUUCCCACACCUGAUAAUACUCAUAUUUUAGAAGAUUCUGGUAUUGUCUCUGAAAAGAUGACUGAAGUCAAUGAGCUGUCUUGUUCAUUUGUUGAAACUGAAUUAAAAUCUCAAAACACUUCUGAAGUAAUUGUAACAUCUGAUAAUUCAGAUUCGGCUUCUGUUGCCGUGAUAAAUGGAAAACCUAAAGAAGAUUCUGAAGACUGUCUUGAAAAUCUAGUAGAUAAAGAAAAUGUGUCAUGUGGCCCAAAACCUCUUAUUAGUAAAGAUCAAUUAACUGCAGAUAUUCAGUCUAUAAUAAAGAAACUUGUAUCUUAUUUUACAAAUGAAACAGAUUCUGAAUCAUUCAAAAAAAAUGUUGAAACUAAUUACGUUUCUGCAUGGCAUAUCCUUGAAACAGAAAUUGAGCGUUUAUUGCAGUCCAUGUCACCUCAUGCUUUGGAAAAUAAUAGCUGUAACAGCAGUACUAUCGAUAGCAACAACAGUGACUAUGGCAGUGAUACCAUUGAAUCCAUGGACUGCAUAACAGAUGAUGAUGAUAUUGAUGCUAAAAAUCGGGUUGCUGAUAUUUUAAGCUCUGCAUACAAGUUUCAAUCUUUGAAUUCAGAUUUAAGCUCUUUUAAUAUUUCCGAGGAAACCUUAAGCAUAUGGAAACGACUUAUCCAAUCAUUACAGAAAGAUAAUUCUGUCCUUUCUGAAAAUAAAUUAUGUGAUCCCAAUGCAGAAGCACGCUUGUAUAUAAGAGACCAGAUAGUGACCUUGAUGCACACAGUCACUGUAAAUGAAAACCUGCAGGAAAUUAAUAAAUUACCACCUGUGUAUCAAACUCAAAACAAGGAAAUAUCAGAAUCGUUGACUGAGGAAAAUAAUUAUCAUCCUAAUGAAAUAAAUGAGGCUUUCAAUAUAAAUGUUGACAGUAAAACUAUUCUAUCUCAUCUUGUGGAGAAUAAUGAAUUUGAUGAAAUAACAUCAGCUGCCAAAACUGAAUCUUCAGAUGAAGGUAUUUCAGAUAUCAGUGUCGAUAACAUGAAUGUCACAGUUGAUAUUCCUGUUAUACAAAAUGAUUGUUUACAAAGUGAUAAUUCAAAUCAUAUUCCAGUUUCUGAGCGAGUCAUUCCUGAUAUUCAAAAUGAUUGUUUACAAAAUAGUAAUUUGAGCCAAAGUUCAGUUUUUGAACCAGUUAUUACUGAUGUCCCUGAUGAGGCAGAUAGAAUCUCAAAUGAGCCACCUAAAGAUGAUCUGGAAAAAGCAUCAGAUUCAAAAUCUCAAAGUGAUAAAGAUGAAAGUAGCUAUACUUUUAAAGAUAAGAUCACUUUUUCAUCUAAAGAAAUGUCGAAGAAGGAUGCCGAUCUGAAAUUUUCUGUGAUUGUUGAUAUUGAACUGGGUGAGGAUUCGGAGCAUAAUCCAUCAGAAUUAGAUGAUAAUAUAACUUGUGAACCGCCAGAAAGUUUUCAAACCAAGGAUACUGAUGAUGAAUUAGAUUCUAGUCCAUUAAGUAAGCCCAAGAGUCAAAGUGAUCCAUCAGCAUCUUCUCCUUUGAGUGCAAGAGUGAAAGAUUCUCUCAGGUCUCAUAAACGUCUGAAUCCUGAAGGAUCUAGGGAUACAGGAUAUUAUUCCUUUAAAUCCUCUGAUGACAGUUUAAUAAAUACAUCAAGUAAUUCUGCUGAAUUUGUGGAUGUGCCUAAUUUUAAAUCUCUCAAAAGAACAGUGAAAAAAUUCCCUGUGUCUAAUAAUACCUUGUCUAAAAGUACAAAUAAUAUUCUUCAAUCAUUUUCUACAUCGCCUGAUGCAAAAUUUAGCACCCUGCAAACAAAAUCCAAAAAGUCAAAAAAUUCUUCAAAUGCUACCAAUUCUCCAAGACAGUUCACUUCUUUGUUUUCUCCAUCUGCUGUUCUUAAAAGAUUUACUGGUUCUAAACAUAAUGAAGCUUCCAAUGCAGAGUCAUCCAUUCCUCCAAAAUAUCUAAAAAAAUAUGCAAGGUCCAUUUCAGUAGAAAGUGAAAGUCUGUUUGGUGCUGUGUCUAUGCCACAACUGAAUUCUCCCCGAGGACAAGGAGAUUCAUAUUCAGCUUUGGGACUAUAUACAGAAAAUGACAGAGAUAGUUCCCUCAUUCUUGAUGAUGAAACUGAUGUGAAACAUUAUUUUUCUGGAAGCCAAAGUGCUCUGUCCCUGGGUGCCCACAGUGCCAGCAUGAACAGUGUAUAUAGUGCUGCUGGUUGCCACUAUGGGAGUGUAACUGUCAGUGGAGAUGUUCUUUUUGGCUUAAACUACAACCAGAAGUCCCAGAUGAUGGAAGUAUUUAUCAAGGAAUGCCGAAAUCUGGCUGCCAUUGAUAUACGACACAAUAAGUCCAACCCAUAUGUGAAAGUAUAUUUGUUGCCAGAUAAAACAAGGAGUGGGAAGAGGAAAACCAAAACAAAAAAGAACACUGUCAAUCCAGUUUUUAAUGAGCUUCUCAGGUUCCCUGUUCUAAAGAACGAGUUAGAAUCGAGGACCCUGUGGUUGUCUGUGUGGAAUAGCGAUUUGUUUGGCCGGAAUGAUUUCCUGGGUGAAAUCUCUCUGCCCCUUGGAUAUCGCCUUCUUGACUCGCCCACCCUCAGGUGGUAUCCUCUUCAAGACAGGGUGGAAUCCCUGCAGAGUCCUUUACAAAGCAGGGGUGAACUAUUCAUCGCCCUCAAGUAUGUGCCAAGAGAUUUGAGUCUGGAGUCCCGGUUCCGGCCUGCUCCAGUCAUCUCAUUAAGAGGUGCUCUUCAUGUUUUGGUGAAAGAGGCCAGAAAUAUUUCUGCACAGCGGGGAUCCAUGGAUGCUUUCUGCAAGAGCUACUUGUUACCAGACAAGAGCAAAGCAGCCAAGCAAAAGACCCCUGUGGUAAAGAAAAGCAACCAUCCCAAGUGGUACUACACAGUCAUCUAUGAGGACCUGAGUGUAGAAGAGCUCAGGGAGAGGAGCUUGGAGCUUACUGUCUGGGACCACGACAAAAUUGCCAGAAAUAACUUUGUGGGUGGAGUCAGGCUCAAUGUGGGAACAGGGCUAUAUCAUGGUGUACCAGUAGACUGGAUGGAUAGUCGGCGUGAUGAGUCUAGUUUAUGGCUUUCAAUGCUGGACAGUCCUAAUAUGUGGGUAGAUGGCUGCCUUCCACUGCGACCUACCAUGCACACACAAGGGACCGGUCUCUAUAGCUGAGGGGGUUUUUUUUAUCAGCUAUGCUGCAAGUCAAACAGUACAAACACAGGUUCCUCCAAAAUCUGCUGCUGUGCUUUACAACUGAACAAGCAAUUGCUUAAGUAAUCGAUUUUAAAAUUUUAAAUAGAUCAAAUUAUCAAUUUUUUAAUUAAUACCAGCAUACUGAAAAGCUUUAAAAGGAUGGUUUGGCGAUCAAGUAUCGUGCUGAAUAGAAAAGUUUUUUUUUUUUUUUUUUUUUUUUUUAUGAUAAAAAUUCUUGAACUAAGGGAUCAUUGAAUUAAAUGAUUGGCCAAAUUAAUUUUAGAUAAUGCUCGAUUAUAUAAUAAUAAUUAUAUUUAAAAACUAUAAAGUUCUGUGACUUGUUAAAAAAAUUUAAAUUAUAAAUAGAUUCUGGAUAAAAAAUGUUGAUACACUAUUCUGGUAUUUUAUUGCUAUUUAUAUGCUUCUAUAUUUGUAAAUUAUUUAAACAGCUAGUUUGAUUUGCAUUCAUGUGCAAAAUAUAUAAUAACUGCAUUAGGAAAAUGCUCAAGUCAUAAAAUUAUAUGACAUUAUUAGAAGAAUCUACAUAAAUUAUAAAAAUUUGCAGAUUUUUGAUAUGCUUUUACUGAGCUGUUAUUUUAACAAUUGUUUAUAUGCUUGUUUAGUUUUGUUAAAUUCAAUCUAUUUUGCAAAUGCCAAUUUUAUCAAAUUUCUAAAUACAAUAUACAAUCAGAAUACUUUUAAAAAAUUUUAAUCACAUUACAUUACUAUUUGCAAAAUUCAAAUGAUAAUUAAAUUCCUAUGAAUUUAUCCCAAAAUUUCAAAUAUCAUUGAUAAAAUUUGUCCAUGGUUAAAAUAAACAUCAUCAACAACUACCAACAUGGACAACUUUUUGUAAAUAAUGUAUAGUUGAUGUUUCUACUGUAGGUAAUUCAGUUGUGCUUUUUAACUGUGAGCAGUCAUUCCAAUUACCAAUUCAAUGCUUUAAAUGCUUAUAUGCUCAUAACUCUCCAUCAGUGUUCACAUUUUGUAUUGAAAAACAAGGUAUUUUUAUCUUGAAAAUGCUGUUUUAUUUUGUAAAUCAUUUAAUUUGUAUAAUGUUUACAAAAAAAAAAGCUAUUCAAUUUAUACAGCAAUGUGUAUACCUGUGCGAUAACUUAUUUAUUUUUGUGAAUUUUUGUUUUGAUGAACUUCUCAUCCGAGUCACAGCUUUUUGGUUGUGCAUCCGUCCCAUCUUAUGAAAUGUGAGCAAGUUUUUUAAAUAAAGUGUAUAAAGUUGAAAAUAAAGAUUUGCUAUGAAUGCUUUUUUAGAAGAUUGUGUGUUUUGUAUCAAAUUGUGAUCUUUAUUUUUUAAUACUUAACCCUGUGAAUAUAUUUAAAAAUGGUUCGUGUAAAUAUCCUUGAAGGAUGUGUUAAACGAUUGUAUUUUAUUUAACAAUAAAAUGCUUUAUUAUAAA